AGCUUUGCCUCGCGCACACAUCGCAAAGCAAAAUAAAACAAAAUCGCCCGCUACUGCAGUGAACUGACACCAGUAGAAAGCUACAUUGCAUGCGACUAUACGAAUUUUCUUUUGACGAAUUUCAUCUUCUUUGGAAAGAUGGAUUUGCCACCGAACAAUUCCAAUUCGACGGUGAAUAGCAAUUCGGGAGACGACGAACGCCACUCGAAUGCCAGUGCCGAAACUAGCAACCCUGCUAUUACUGGUUCGAACUUAUCAUUGCCGUGUUCUUACAGUGCUAGUGUUGCCCCCACAUCUAGUGCUAGGGAAUCACCGAAAGUUGCACCCUCACAAGUUCUGAUGCCAGUGAGAAAUUCGUCUUCGCCGUCAGUUCCACGCAAAAUUAUGAGCAAGAACAAAAACAACACAGUGUUUCCAACGUCAUUUCCCAGCAACCAGGCUGAGCUACAACUCUUCAGAGUGAUGCAAAAUGCCUCUUUGCUUUUAUAUUUGGACCCUUUAUUAGAAAUGGGCGGUGAUGAUGUCGAAUCAUUGUGUGACGCCGGUGAAGACGAAUUUCUAGAAAUUAUGUCACUUGUUGGAAUGGCAUCAAAACCUCUUCAUGUACGAAGGUUGCAGAAAUCGUUACAAGAAUGGGUAACAAAUCCCAUAAAAUUUAAAAUGCCUCUAGUGCCUGGAGAGGACUUUGAAAUAGAACUGUCCAGUCCUAGAGUGACUAGCAACCACGUCUUUUACUCUGCAGACAGUGGUGAAAGUUCUAGAAUAUAUUCGCCAUCUCCAGCAGAAAUAUGUGCCUUACCACCUGUAGCUAGUCCUGGCUUAAGUAUUAAUAGCAAAAGGCCUUACUCACCCCUUGACCCAUCUUGUCCCCCUUCCAGUAGUUCCAGCCCUAGCGGUAGCUCGACCAUGACUCCAAGCUUAAUGGAAAGUCAAAUUUCAAAAUUGGCCAUUGCAGCCGAAAGACUGAGCAAGCAGUUACCAAACAUGGAACCCAAACCACAAAACGCUAAAAAGAAAGUCUGCAAAGAAUUAGAAUUGGUAAUGUCCAUGCCAGAGAACGAUCCAAGGAGAAUGGACGAGAUUAGAAGAUAUGCAGCUAUUUACGGAAGGUUCGACUGUAAAAGGAAGCCGGAAAAGCCCCUUACCCUGCACGAGUUAUCUGUAAACGAGGCUGCUGCGCAGAUCUGUAGGUUCAUUCCUGCGCUGUUGACUAGAAGAGAUGAGCUGUUUCCUCUAGCAAGGCAAGUUGUCAAGGAUAGCGGUUGUUAUUAUUCCAAAACACAGUUAUCAGCAGUUUAUCUUAACAAACAAAGUAAUAUGGGACUAAACCAUGACAAAGAACAGUCGCCUGAUGUCAGAUUGCAGGGUAGGUUCUCUAUGGAUGGCGAAGGACAACACCACAAAAGAAUUAAAUUAGAACCCAACUCAGAUAACGAUGAACAACGUCAGGACUACGAUGAAACGUUAUCCGUAAGACAUUCUUUGCACACUUUGUUCCACUCUCAUAGAAACCAGCACGGUGUAAGAACAUCUUUAGGAAUAGAAUUAGAAGAAUCAGAUUCCCAAUUCACGUACAGCAAUUCUAGCUCGCCGCAGUUUCAGAAUCAAGACCAGGAUUCCUGUUCGACGACCAAUAAGAAAACGGAGGAAGCCAUAGAAAAUGAUGAGGAAUCAAGUAAAUUUUCACCUAAGGUUCAAGUAAUAGCGGCCAGUGGAGACAACAUCAUAGCAGUGGCCAAUCCUGCUCUAGCAAUGUCACCUGCCAUUCUCCCAAUGACAUCUCUAACUUCAGUGCCAGUCCGCGAAAUCGACGAAAACAACAAAGAAUAGACUUUUAAAACAUAAUUUAGUGUACAGUUUUGCAAAUAACGGUUAGACUGGGCGUUAUGAAUAUGUUGUUUAAUAUAUUUUCAAAAUAUGUAAAGAAAUAACAACCGAGGAAAUGUAUAUAUCUUUAUAAUUACAAAGUACAAAAGAUUUUAGAUAUUUAUUAAAUAUAGUUGCUUUACUAGGUAUUAAACCAUUGUCUUUUUUUAUUGAUUUAUGUAUGUCUCUUGAUUUCUUUUUCAUUAGAGAAAUAUAGAUUAUAUUAAUUGAAUAUGAAAUAGAUAUAAUUUUUUUUACCUAAAAUUAUUCAUUUACUAUAAAUUAUUUAUAAAUACCAAUACAUAAGACAUUGUUUUAGA